CAACUCUCUCAACUUGUUAUAAAAGUUUACCGUUUGUUUUGCUUGAUUUCAUUUGAUGAAAGAAUAAAAGUGCAGUUUUAAUUGAGGUUUAUUUCAUAUUUCGUCGUGUGUAAAAAAACAUAGUUGCAAAUUAUUCUGAUAUACAAACAAAACGUUAAUAAUUCUUUGAAUGUCAUUUAUAUAAAUCAUUUCAAUUCGAGCGAACCUAAAUUAUAUUUGCAAAUAACCGCACAUGUGUAGAAAAAGAAUUCGAAAAUGAUACAAACAAAUAACAAUAAUCAAGCAAAAUUGUUUGAUAAGAAGUUUGUUGCUUUGACUUUGCGCGACGUUAGGCGGUGUGAAAAGUGCAAGCGUGGAUAUGACACAAAAUAUAGAGUUUCCCAAGAUAACAAACCAAACAGCAGUCGCCCGGUUCUCCUAAAUUGCGGUCAUAAUAUUUGUGAAAAUUGCAUCUACCAAAAUCGCAAUCACCUCGAAUGUGCUGUUUGCCAAGUACCCAUCGAAUUCGAACACACACGAUGGUUGAAAAAAAGUUACGAUCUAAAUUUUUGCCUUCUCGGUCAGUUGGCAAAUUCAAUAUCAUUCCUAGGAUCAGAACCUGUUGGUGGUGGGGGUGCUGCUACAAUGACUACCGGUAUGCUGGCUGCAGAAUCUUUCAUUCAAAAAUGCAGUGAAUGUGAACAGGCUCCAGCCAUAGGAAUUUGUAUGAAUUGCAGAGCCGAUUUCUGCAAACGUUGCUUUACUUCUGUUCAUCAAAAUAGUAAAGUCCUCAAAAAACAUAAACUCUCAGAGUUUGAAAUGCAAAGACUUCAACUCCGUUUGCCAAAGGAGAAGUUUUGUAAAACACACAAAAGAAUGUGUGAUAAAUUUUGUGUAAAUUGUCAGAAAAUCUAUUGCAUCAAUUGCAUUCGAUUAACUCACAAUGCGCAUCAUGUAAAUGCCUUAAGUAUUGAAAAUGCAAAAAACAACGAUAAAAUUAUCAGCUUUUUGGAAACGAUGAAGCAGACACGAGAAAAUAUUAGAAAAGCACAAAAGGACAUUCGGAUCUGUGAAAAUCAACUCUUAGAUUAUGCUUCCAGCAUAACUUUAGAAAUAAACGACUACUUUUUGGAUUUGCACAAUUUUCUACAAAUCGAAGAACGUCGAAUCCUCGAGGAAUUUAAGGUAUUAGCUCGUCCUUCACAAAAUGCAAUUCACGAGGCGUGUGCAAAGCUUUCCGAUAGUCAAACAACUCUGAAUAAUAUGAGAGCAACCCUGGAAGGAUUCCUCCAAAAGCCCCCCAAUAACAUGCAUAUAAAUGCUAUUCUCGAAACAGCCACUACACAACUAGAACAGAUGCCCUGUCAGAUUCAGAUCUCCCAAAUGGAAAAUAAUCCAUUUGUAUUCAAGAGACUCAGAGAAGUCCAAAAAGAAAUAACCAGUUCAUACAGUGUAGUUGGAAAUGAUCCAAAGAUUCAUAUCCGAAUAACUCCAAUGUACGGCGAUCAUGAGCAUUCCUUCGAAAUCAGCUCAGAUAAGAUAUUAAGCCCAGAUCCAACUGAAUCCUGCAUAAAUUUCACAAUAGAAACACCACGUCGCGCAUCGGUUUCAUCUUCAUCGACUAUUGCCAUCGGCAAGAGCAGACGUGAUGGACGUGUAACUCACAUCAUAAGUCCUGUACACUUUUAUGUCCAAGAAGAGGAAGGAAUCAAGGAAAUUCGCAAACGACUCGCCAAUAUCGAUGAGAAUAGUUUCUAUGUUGAUUCGGUUCAAAUAAAUGAAAUGUACGCUGUUCUUCAUGUCCAAACUAAACAAUGGCAUCGUGGUGUUGUCAUAGAAGAAUUAAAGAAGACAAAAAAUUCAAAAGAUAACGAACAACCAAAAUAUAAAAUGUUUCUUUUGGAUUAUGGAAUCUACGAGGAUUAUUCGAAGAGAAUGUUGCGCGUAAUUUCAGAACAAACAAAGUCAAUUUCGACUGCAGCUGUCCCUUGUAGAUUGGUAGAUAUUGGUCCUCCAGGUGGCGAUUGGACAAAAGAAGCACGCGAAUUAAUGGAGGAGAUCAUUGAAAAUAAACCAGUCCAAGUGAGCAUACAAGACACCACAAGAACUCCUUGGAGCGUCGAAGUUACAGUAACAAAUUCAGGCGGACCAAUCUCAAUCCGUGAUGCUCUUCUUUAUACAGGAAUUGCCAUUGACACAUCUGUUUCAUCUUCCCAACGGAAUCAAAAAUUUUCUGGCUCAAAGCCAACUCAAUUGUCCAAAAUGAAACAAAGCCUUUUGAGACCAAUACAUCACACUGGAGAAAUAUUUCGUGUAAAUGUUUCUCAUAUCGAAAAUCCCCAUCGAUUUUUCGCAAUUAAGUUUGCUCAUUUAGAGGAAUUAACUAAGUUAGAAAACGAAAUGGAACUUGACUAUACUGAUCCGAGUCAGAGGCAAAUAAUUUUCUAUGCCCAAUUGCAUAUGUGCUGCGCACUGUUUUUUGAGGAAAAAUGGUAUCGUGGAUGUGUCGAGGAGAUAAAUGGACCAAAUAACAUUCGGAUCCGACUUGUAGAUGACGGUCGUACAAUAACAACCAAUUGGCGUGAAUUAUACGUCCUCAAAGAGCGAUUCUUAGUACAUCGAGAACUAUCAAUUGAAUGCUCCUUAGCCGACAUCCAACCGUUACAAGAAAAGAACUACGAAUGGACAGACAAUGCCAUCGCUGAAUUCGUCCGAAUGACGUCGAAUCCCAAUAUUCAAAUGACAAUCUCAUCGAGCAACCAAUUUCGCUAUCAGGUCAUCUUGAAUGUUGUAAAGAAGCAUUUGGACAUUAACGUUGGAGCUAUGCUGGUGAAAUUUAAGCAAGCCGUCUCCACAGGUGAUUGUUCGGUUAUUGCUGAAAACGUCCGAACAUCGCCAAUAGAUAAACUCUUAAUUUCUGACACUGAAUUAAAACCCAUUCCUCCGCCUGCAAUUAAAACACUCAAAAGAACACCCAUUCAAGUUAUUCAUAUAAAUAAUCCUGGAGAUUUUUAUAUUUACAUGGUGGAGCAUAUUCCGGGAAUUUUGAAAUUCCAAGAACAACUUCAGAUAGCCCAGGAGGAGCGCCUGGAGAAUGAAACCAUUUCGGAGGACAUCAAUUGGAAAGUAGACGAUCACUGCUUGUUGUAUGCCAGUGUGAAUGAAGGUGCAUCCGAUCAAUGGUUCCGUGGAAUCAUAAAGAACAUCGACGAAAAUGAACCAGAGGCUCCGUAUUCGGUGUUCCUCAGAGAUAAAGGUGUCGUCCUAAGAGAUAUCCAGGGCAGACAACUGUCGCCGAUUGAAGAUGUCUAUAAGAGAGUUUCCAAUGCCGCAAUCCUCUGCCAUCUAGCAUGCGUUCAUCCCACCGGCGGAAUGAAAACGUGGUCGCAUUCUGCUAUUGAUGAAUUCCGUCAUAAUAUAAGCCACUUCGAAUCGAUUGGCGGUACAACACAAGGGUCUGCGAAGAACUUUUCAAUACCAGUUGUACUAUGGGGCAUGCUGACCGAAACAAACGACGCUCUAGGACCUUGCACUCCGAAAUACACAAACAUCAACAAAAUGUUGGUCAGUGCUGGUCUGGCUCACUUGGUCGAGAAAAUCGAUAUCACCCGUCAGAUGGAUCAGUUUGUGCAGGAUGAAAUCCAACAGGGACAGCAAACACUGCAAGACUGGUAUAAGAACUUCAAAAAGACCCUCGACGAUCUACCCGUGUGUUCGGAUGACUUCGAAGAACCGGAAUUGAAUAAAUCAAAUAUUUCUAACUAUGAAAUCGGUGACCUAAUUGAGAAUAAUAAAGUCGUCACGGAAUGGCUUCCGGCUGAGCCAAUUGAAAAGACCGUCUUCACGGCUUAUCCCACCUACGUUGACUACGAUGCAUGUGUAUAUUUGCAUGAUGCCGAAAAGCACCACCUCAUCAACGGGAUGAAGAAAAAGAUCAAUGAAGAACUCGAUCUUGGUCCAGGUAAAGUAACAGACGACAAAUGGGCCCCUGGCCAACCGUGUUUGGCAAGAUAUCACCUAGACGGAUGCCUGUAUCGGGCUGUGAUUCAUGUUGCUCUGCCCAAUAAAAAGUUCGAAGUUCGUUUUGUCGACUAUGGUAAUGUUGAAGCCUGUGAACUUAGAGACUUGUACCGGAUGACAGCUUUCCCUAACAUUCCAAUUCAGGCUGUACGCUUUACCAUCGAAGGUAUUCGACCACGUGGUGGGCAAGAAAAGUUUUGCACUACGGUGCUGGAUCUUAUACAUGGUCUGAUUGUGGACAAGAUGUGUGGUGUUCGGGUGCCAAAUGGAGAGGAAAACAAAGAGGUCAAACAAUGUAGAAUAAGCUUCAAUCGCAAUGAUUUAACAACGUAUCUCAUUCAAAACGAAUUUGCCAGUGGUUUUGGUAAUACGAUCAAAUUGGAGAAGAAACUCAAAUUGCAACCUUUGGAAUCUCCUUGCAAUCCCCUUGAUGAAAGUAAUAAUUCCGAGGACGAACUGAGGGAGUUUAUGAAACACCAAAUUUGUGAUCCCACCGGUGAGGAACCUAAUAUCAACCAGCACGCAUCGCCAGCAAAUAAACCCACGGGUAUGUUCCAACUUGAUCAGUACAAGAAAAUGUAUGAAAAGAUGCAGAAGGACAAACUUUAUCAGUCAAUAGUUGACGAUGAUGAUUCGCAAGUAAUGGAUGCACCUGAUCUUGAGAACAGUGAUGACGACGAAGUUCGGGAACUUGAGUUCAGUUUUAGGUCAAACUAUUGGCAUGUGGAUGAUAACCUCGAGGGGGCUCCUCCACCAGCUCCUCGCUCUGAAGCAGGCUCGAAUUUUGAUGCAUUCGAUCCAUGUGAUUCAUCUUCACUGUUGUCGAACUUCAGUGGAAUUGAGGUAUUCAAGCCUCCCCAACUGCCAUCGAGUGUGAAGUCUUUCUAUUGUGAAAUUGCCUACGUACGAUCACCCACUGUCGUGCACAUCUUUCCACAUCUCUCCGAAUUGGAAUAUCGACAAUUGGAGCUAGCCAGACGAAUAAAAUCCCUUGCCCUCAGAACACCAGUGUUUGAUUCCUUCGAAGCGAAGACCCCCUGUUUGGCACGUUAUUCCAAAGACAAGAAUUGGUAUCGUGCAAUCAUACGUUCGCACAAUGCCUCUUUGCGUUUGGUCAAGGUGUUUUAUGUUGAUUUUCUUAACAGCGAAUUAGUCCAUGAGGAACACGUUCGCCGGUGUCCAAAUGACUUGCUGGCAUGGCCUUUGCGUACAUUCGAAAUGAAAAUCUAUGGUGUCAUACCAAAUCCACGGCUUCGGGAAAAGGACGUUAAACAAGCAUUUAAAAAAUGUGUGACUGGUCGCAAGUUGUAUGCCAAAAUUGUUUUAGAACGCGGAAAAAUUCCCGAGAUUUCCUUAUACAAAUCCAGAACGGAGAGGGAAGCAACUGUUUACGAGGAUCUCAUCAUACAAAAGUAUUUUUGUAAAGAAUAAAAUUAUUAAUUUCGUUUUAUAUACUUUGACUAUGAAUUUAUGUUUAUUUUCUUAUGUUUUUUUAUUAUUGAAUACAAUGUUUUAGUUACUUAUUUAAGAACUUUAGUUUUUUAAACUUAAAAAUAAAGUGUAUGGAUGCAU